GCCUUUGAGCAGUCGGUCAAUGUAUGUUCUCUAUGUGUGUGUCUAUUCGUAUUUGGAAUUGCAACACACAAAAUUUACACAGAACACACACAAAAUUCACUGUCCAAAAUGCCGCAAAAUCUGUGCCGGUGUGGGCCACAGGUGCUCGGCGCGGCAAAUCGGGCUGUCUACUGCUCUGGGCCGCUGCUGGACGCUGUACAGCGGUCGAACAUGUUCCCCGACUGCAAGACAUUCGUGGACAUGAAGAGCAAGUAUCCGCCGGAGAGGCUGCUGGCCGACUAUGAGCUGUUCCGCAAUUGCCGCAAGAAUGAUGGUUCCUUACAGUUUCUCGAAAUGUUUGUCGAGAAACACUUUCUGGAGAAGGGCACCGAGCUGGAGGAGUGGACACCGCCCGAUUGGAAGAGUGAGCCGCCGUUUGCCAACAGAAUCGCCGAUCCGGAGCUAAGGAGAUUCGGUGUGGAACUCAACGCCCUGUGGAAGGUGCUGGGCCGACGCAUGAAGGAUGAGGUGAAGGAGAAUCCAGAGAAAUAUUCCAUUGUGUACGUGCCGAAUCCGGUGAUCGUGCCGGGUGGCCGCUUCAUUGAGUUCUACUACUGGGACUCGCUGUGGAUCAUCCGCGGCCUGCUGCACUGCGGCAUGCACGCGACGGCCCGUGGCAUGAUCGACAACUUCCUGUCGAUAGUGAGGCAAUAUGGGUUCGUGCCAAAUGGGGGACGCAUCUACUACUACGGCCGCUCGCAGCCACCGAUGCUGAUACACAUGAUGAAGGCGUAUGUGGAUGUGACGCUGGAUGAGAAGUAUGCCAUGCAGUCGCUGCCGCUGCUCGAGGCCGAGUUCGAUAACUUUGUGGAGAAGCAUCAGGUGCAGGUGAAGGGGCGCACGAUGUACCACUACCAGGACUACUCGACGGGGCCUCGCCCGGAAUCGUAUCGCGAGGAUGUGGCCAGUGCGGCAGAGUUCCUGAGCGAGCCGGAGAAGGAGCGCCACUACACGCAGCUCAAGUCCGCCUGCGAAUCCGGCAUGGACUUCAGUUCCCGCUGGUUCAUUGCCAGGGACGGGACGAAUCGGGGCACCCUGAAGGAUAUCCAGACAACGUCCAUAGUGCCCGUUGAUCUGAAUGUGAUCCUCUUUCGCAGCGCCAAGAUCCUUGCGGAAUUCAAUCGCAAGGCUGGCCACAACAGCAAGGUGGAGGAGUACUCGGACAUUGCCUGCGGCCUCGUCAAGGCGGUGCGCGACGUCCUGUGGAACGAGGAGGCUGGCAUCUGGCUGGACUACGACAUGCUGAACAACCGUCCGCGCCCCUACUUCUCCGCCUCCAACUUCUCGCCGCUGUGGGCACGCGCCUUCCCCCUGGUCGACACCGAUAAGAUCUCCCGGGGCGUGAUGAACUACAUCAAGAUGCACAAUCUGGACGACUACCCUGGUGGAGUGCCCAACACAAUGAACAGGGAUACGGGGCAGCAGUGGGACUACCCGAAUGUGUGGCCUCCCAUGAUGUUUAUGAUUAUCGAUGGGCUGCACAAUCUGGGCACACCCGAGGCCAGGGCCAUGUCCGAGCGCUGGGCCCAUCGCUGGGUGAAGAAUAACUACGAGGCCUACGCCCUAACGGGCUUCAUGUUCGAGAAGUACAAUUGCGAGAAAUUUGGCUCUGGUGGCGGCGGUGGGGAGUAUCAGAAUCAAACGGGUUUCGGCUGGACCAAUGGCAUCAUUCUCGAAUACCUCUCCCGAUACGGCCCGGAGCUGUCCCUCCAGGACCGCAGUGAUGUGCAUUGCAGAAGCACGGUGGGAAAAUCAGCAACGGGCAAUCUCGGCGACUGCCCCGUGACCAGUCAGAGCAAAAUGAUCACGAAAAAGAAUUACAUCAUCACCAGUGAGAACAAUAUCGCUGUCAGCAACAGAGACGGUCCGGGCCACUGUUCGGGUCCCUGUGCGCAGAAAGUAGUGGACGAGGCCUCCAAUCGUAUGAAGCAGUCGCUCGUGUCGAACAUAGUCGGACAUCCUGUGGUCGCCAGUCCAAAACGAGCCACAACCAUCUCAUCCGGACGAUCUACAAUCCCGGCUACGGGAAGAUCCACGAUUCAUAAAUCAGGACGAUCCACGAUCACCAGCUAUCCACAGCUGGAGGAAGCUUCCACUGGCGAGUACAAUGCUUCAGUGCUUCCACGAGAACAAGCCUCUGCCAUUCCCUACACUCGAGAACAGGCCUCCGGCAUUCCCUACACUCGAGAACAGUCCACAAGUCCAACUUUCAGUCCCGGUCGAACACCAAUCGGUUCUGCACCAGAAUCAAGGCUCCCAACUGCUGUGGAGACGACUGUUUUCCCUGAGCGUUACACACGGACACAGUCGGCUGCUGAUCCUUACCUUCGAGAACAGUCCGCAGCUGAGGCUUAUGCUCGAGAACAGUCCGCUGUGGCUCCUUACCUUCGAGAACUAUCUGCUGUUGAUGCUUAUGGUAGAGAACAGUCCGCUGUUGAUCCUUAUGCUCGAGAACAGUCGGCAGCAGAUCCUUAUGCUCGCGAACAGUCCGCAGCUGAUUCCUACCUUCGAGAACAAUCUGCUGCUGAUCCUUAUGGUAGAGAACAGUCCGCUGCUAAUCCUUAUGCUCGCGAACAGUCCGCUGUCGAUUCUUACGUUGAAGAACAAUCUACAGCUGAUCCUUACAAUCGAGAGCAGUCCGCUGUUGCUGCUUACACUCGAGAACAGUCCGCUGUUGCUGCUUACACUCGAGAACAGUCCGCUGUUGCAGCUUACACUCGAGAACAGUCCGCUGUUGCUGCUUACAGGCCAGAACAGUCCGUUGUUGGUCGAGAACAGUCUGCUCUUUCCGGUGCAGGCCGCACCACGAUCCCCAGCCAACGGGUGUCGAGCAGUCGCAAAUCUGUCGAGAACAGCGGUUCUCCUGUGCGUUACAGUCGAGAAAAAUCCGCUGCAGAUCCCUAUAGUCGCGAACAAUCAGCGAUUUCUGCUUCCCAUCGAGAUCAAAGCAGUGCCAUUCAGAGUCCAGCACGAUCCCCGACGCUGACGGUGGAAAACAAUAACAACAAUAAUGUGACUCUGAAUCAACGGCAGUCAAGGAGUCCUUCAAAUCCUUCUCCUGUUCCUCGAGAGCAAGCCUCUGCUGUUCCCACUCAAGGAAAACCGUCGAUCGAUCAGUCCAGCUACGUGGAGUACACUCCCCCAAAUGAUCCUUACAGCCAGGAGCAGUCUGAUGCCGAUUUUAACAGUCAAGAACAAUCUGAUGGCGAACCAUUUAGUCCUGAACAAUCCGCUAUUGACAAUCGUGAACAGUCUGCGGUUGAUCCUUACACUCGGGAACAGUCUGCUGUUGAUCCAUACAGUCGGGAACAGUCUGCUAUGGAUCCAUACACACGAGGACAGUCGGCUGCUGAUCCUAAUGGUCGAGAACAGUCCGCUGUUGAUCCCUACAGUCGACAACAAUCCACUGCUGCUGCUUACAAUCGAGAGAAAUCUUCAGCAGAUCCUUACAAACGGAAACAGUCCGCUGCAGAUUCUAACAAUCGUGAACAUUCCGCUAUGGAUCCUUACAGUCGCGGACAGUCGGCCUAUGAUACAUACAAUCGAGAAAAAUCUUCAGCUGAUCCUUAUGGUCGAGAACAGUCCGCUGCUGAUCCUAAUAAUAGAGAACAGUCCGCCAUGGAUCCCUACAAUCGAGAACAGUCUGCUGUGGAUCCUUACAGUCGAGAACAGUCCGCUGCUGAUCCUUAUAAUAGAGAACAGUCCGCCAUGGAUCCCUACAAUCGAGAACAGUCUGCUGUAGAUCCUUACAGUCGACAAGUGCCCGCCAUGGAUGAUAACCAUCGAGAACACUCCUCUAUGGACCCUUACAGCCAAGAACGAUCCCGUGCAGAUCCUUACAGUCAAGAACAGUCCGUUGUUGAUUCUUCCAUGCAAGAGCAAGCUACUGCUGAACCUUCCAAAUCGAAGAAACCGUGUCAACGAUGUCUGGAAGUACCGACGAAUGCUGGCCAACCACAAUACAGGAUCAUGGCUGCUGUCCCGUUCACUGCUGCUGCUGUGCCUUACAAUGCUUCCAUACAGCCACAAUCUUAUGCGUCUUACGAAGAUCAACAAUCCGCUGCUGUUCCCUACAAUGGAGAACAAUCCGUUGGUGAUCCCAGCCUGGUACGAACCACGAUGCCUGGUCAACGAGAGACUAGGUUCACGGCCGCUCCCAUGUACGCGCCGAGUGCUAUUCAGCAAGAGGUUUUGCUGUCUCCCUGCGAGUGUUCGUUAACUUCACAGAACUCAGAACACGAUUCUUCAAACUAUGGGCAGGAUAUGCAAGGCCCAGCAACGGCAUCGUUAGCGCCCCGUGGCAGCAGAAGUCAAUCGGGAUACGACCCUCCCGAUACUCCCGACUGUCCAGACCUUCCAGAAGGCUGCUUCGUCUGUCCGCGCUGUGGCGGCCUAAAGCAGCAACCACCGACCGUACAGUGUAAGGCGACAAAUCAGCCAUCGGUGCCAGUGGUGCCAGCGAGGCAAGUGGCGUCAGUGGAAGAGGAUUGCGAAUGUGGGCCACCUACCAGCAGCAUGCAAGCGGCGCCUGCUCCAGUGUCGCAAACAGAAUCAGAUUGUGGCUGUAGCCCGCCUACCAGCAGAACCAAGUUACCGGCCAUCAAGCAGUUCCCGCUGGCCGAUCAAAAAGGACCAGAGUGUCCGCAGGAGAAACCCCCACAAAGGAUGUGCUGCGGUUGCCCCAUUCCCUCACCACCCCAAGAAAAAGACGACUGUUAGCUGUAGAUCCUCCAGUACUGUAAAAUUCCAAUCCAACUUUCGAUUAUAAAAUAGACAACACACAGCCGAAAA